CGAAAUCUGGAUCGAGAAUUACCUGCCUCUCCUCCGCUGUGAGAUUUGUAAACGGUCGGAAUGAGAUGGGCGUAUCUGACCAGCCCGGCGAGUUACACGAUUACUCCGGCCGAUCGCGGCUGACUGUGUUCGCCGGCAAUUCCCGCGCAUGACCGUCAUCCUGCAGCUGCACCGGUGGCAUGCUCUGUUCGUCGUCCGGUCCCGGCAAGUCCGCCCUGUCGCCUUAUCGGUGCGCCAGAUGGCCUCAGGUGAUACGCCGGCCUGGUUGGUCCCUGACAUGUCGCCGCCCUGUCGGUGCGGUGCUGCUUGUAGAUGUCGCUGCAGAAGAUCGGGCGAGGAUCAAGGCAGCUUCCGCGACGGAGUCAAUGAUGACGCCUCCACUAAUGCCGUUGUCUUGGUCUUGGGCGAGCUGGAAUUGGGGCUUAUUCUCCACUGGUCGCCUUGUAUACUUUGUCGGGAACCUAAUACAUCGAUGCAUAGGCAUCAUACACUUGCCCACUCGGCGAUUAUCCGGACAUGUCGAACAUCCUCCCAAUCGCCGGCCGACAGUGGCCAGCUGCCGUUGGCGACAGGUGACAAGUAUUUCCAAAUCGAGAGGAAUCACCGCGACAGAUGUCCACUUGAACGAGGGUAUGGAUAGGCGUAGAUCUUGUCGUAGUCUUUGUUGACAAUUCGACUUCCGUACAUGUAGAUAUUAUGGCUCCAGUUAUCCUUCGCCAACGCUGCGACCAGGGAGAACCCCGUUCUUCUGCUGGGAAUGUCUUCACGGGCCCUCUCCGCAUAUCAAGUGCCGUCCUAGUCGCUGCCGGUGGUGAGGAUAAGUCCAGGAAUCGAUCUCGAAGGUGACCUGUGAGAA